AUGGCCACAGUCCAUGCUCCUGGACUAGCUGCACUGAAGCCACGUCAUCUCCUUAACGGCACCAUCACAUACUCUGCCGCGAAAGAGUAUGAAAGCAAUGUUCUUCAUGAAUUAACAUACUGGGAUCAGGAGACAGAUUACUUGACUUACCUACACCGGAAUCGUGACUCAAUCAGAUCGAUUGUUGCUCAACAACUUGGCUUGAAUUCGGCAGACAAAUGUCACAUUGCACACCCUGAGCAGUGGAUGCGUGGAAGCUUUAACAUUUGCAUCCCAGUCGAUGUCGACGGCCAAGGCCCAAAGCCAGAAAGAAAAAUGAUUAUACGAUUCCCCUUGCCAUAUCGGGUCGGGGAUGUCCCUUGCCCCGGAAAUGCCGAUGAGAAAAUACUUUGCGAAGCGGGGACAUAUGUAUGGCUCGAGGCGAAUUGUCCAGAUGUUGCCAUCCCCCAUCUAUACGGGUUCGGACUUGCUACUGGCCAGACUUUCACUUCUCUUGACAAUCUGCCUAUCGUCAUACGCUCGAUAGAAAAAGUCCGCCGGCGGAUUUUGGCAUGGCUAGGCUAUGCAGUCCCUUCUCGAUUUGUUCAGAUUAGUAACAAGGCGCCUGCUUCUUUAAGUGCAGGUUAUAUUUUGAUUGAGUACAUUGAACGAUCCCGAGGCAAAAUGCUUUCUGAAUCGUGGGAAAAGGGCCGUCACAACGCUCAACUACGGAUGAAUCUGUUCCGUGGCCUUUCUCGUACUCUACUUUCUCUAACACGAGUCCCAUUACCAAGGAUCGGCUCAUUCAUCUUGGAUAACAAAGGUUACCUGAGGUUGAAUAAUAGGCCGCUCACUCUCCAGAUCCACCAAUUGGAAAAUGAGGAAAUACCAGUUGAUAUGCCACGAAAAGUUACAUACAUAUCCGUUGAUUCAUAUAUCAAUGACAUUCUCUCACUCCAUGAAAGCCGCCUACGUCAUCAACCUAAUGCAGUGAGCCACCUCGAGGAUGGUUUCUACCAAACGUCGGCAUUGAUGGUAAUGAGGAGCAUCUGGCCUUGCUACUUUCGGCGGGACCUUCUUCGGGGCCCAUUCUUUCUCAGCCUCACUGAUAUCCAUCAAAGUAACAUAUUUGUUGACGAUGAGUGGAACAUCAAAUGCUUCAUUGAUUUGGAAUGGGCUUGCUCUCGGCCUGUGGAGAUGAUUCACCCUCCAUAUUGGUUGGCAAAUCAAGCCAUCGAUUCAAUCAGCCUGGGUGAUUACAAGACUCUUCAUGCGGAAUUCAUGGAGGCAUUGGCAGAGGAAGAAUCGAAAAAUUCAACAACGUCAUUGCCGUUAUUGUAUCCUAUAUUGCAAGAGGGAUGGGAAAAAGGGACAUUCUGGUGCUCUCUUGCUUUGAACAGUCCUACAGCACUGUUCAAGAUCUUCUAUGACUAUAUCCAGCCAAGGUUUUCGAAAGCCCAGAAUGGCGACUCGACAUUUUGGAUAAUCACUAUGCCUUAUUGGACAUUCAACACGCUUGAGUUUCUUGAGCAAAAAGUGGAAGACAAAAAAAAGUAUGAUCUAUCUUUGCGUGAGGCAUUCAGAGACUAA